AUGGUGUGAGUGGCCUUUCUAUGGACUCCUAUUGGGCUAAUUCUGGCCUCCUAAUCCUGUUCCUGUUCGCCCUCCCUCUCCUCCUGUUUGCCAUCUCCACACUGAUGGUUUGGAGAGAUCGAUGGCCAGGUAGACACAACUAUCACGUACGCACAUCCUUAACCUAAACAGGUUAUCUGAGCAGGAGGAAAGUGAAAAAAGAGGCUGCGUGUAUCUUUGUGGAUAGCUAACCUGUAACGCAUAUGAGUGAGCCUCAUUGGAGAAUGUAGCAUCGGCCCUCCAGACAAGCUAAAGGAUACACGCUACCAUGGGAGAAGCUCAGCAGGUUAGUGGAGUGAUCCAACCACAGGGCUUACUCUCCGUCAUUGAGAAACUGAAGGGAACCAGCGAGCAAGAAGUGCGAAUAGUUCUUCUGGGCUUGGACAAUGCCGGUAAGACCACCCUGCUCAAGAGCCUCGCCUCUGAGGAUGUCAACACCAUCACACCUACACAGGGCUUCAACAUAAAAAGUGUUGCCUCUUAUGGCAUGAAACUCAACGUGUGGGAUAUUGGAGGGCAAAGGAAGAUCAGACCUUUCUGGAAAAAGUAUCUGGAGAACACAGAUCUGUUGAUUUAUGUUAUUGACAGUGCAGACAAAAAGCGAUUUGAGGAAACAGGACUGGAGUUAUCUGAGCUGAUAGACGAGGAGAACCUGAAGGGUGUUCCGGUCCUCGUCUUUGCUAAUAAGCAAGAUUUGGCUACAGCAUCGGCGGCCAGUGAAAUCGCAGAGGGACUUAACCUUCAUACGUACAGGGACCGUGAGUGGCAGAUUCAGGCCUGCUCAGCCGUGUCUGGGGAAGGAGUUCAGGAUGGCAUGAACUGGAUUUGCAACAACAUCAUGAAUAAGAAGAAGUCAGCCAGUAUCCCAAAAUAACAUGGAACAGGCAACCACCAUCUUUGUCAUGGCAACACACACACAGACACACACACUACAGACGUGAAGAAUUUUCUUUUUGUAGUCUAUGUCAUGCUAUUUAUAUUUAGGCUACAAUGAGUAAAUUAGGCUCCUACAGUGUUUCUCACUGCUAAAUGUUUCUGUCCCCUCAUCCCAACGAUCUUUGUCUGGUGAUUCUGUGAAACUGUGCAAGCUAUACCAUAUUAGAACUUUUGUCAUUUGUACCAUUCAUACUGUAGUUCAGUGUGGGUGUAAUGUGUAUUUGGGAGAUUUUUGACAAUAAAAUGUUCGCUCAUCUUC